AUGUCUGAUUUGAUUGAUAUAGUGAAAAACACCCCAGUGGAUGUUAUUUCGAAUGACAGCGCCAAACCGUUAAAUUUGGUCAAGUCGUACAUCGAUUCAGUUAUUGAAAUAAAUAAGACCUUGGAAUCUAGUGUCAAAACUGAUAUUGACGAAGUCACAGUGGAUGGUCUAGAUGCCAACCAAGUCUGGUGGCAAGCAAAAAUUGUUAUCGAUAAAAUCGGCGCAGACUUGAUGGAAAGAAUCCAAGAAUUGAAGGCUGUUGUCGACAAUGACGAUAAUGAAUUAGAAUCCAGUGACGAUAUGAAGAAUGAUGACAUUGAAGAGCAGCUUGAAAAUUCCGAAGAAGAACAAGAAGAUGGAUUCGUAUCAGCCCAGGAAUCUGCAGAGGAAAAUGAAGUGAAUGAAGCCGAAAUCUCUGAACAGGAUGAAAGUGAUUUUGAGAUCGAGGAAGGUCGUGACGAUUAUGCUGAAGAAUCUGAAGAAGAUGAGGGCGAAGAUGAAGCUGUAGAAGAUGAUGAAGGAGAUGAAAACGUUGAGGCGCCUUCUACAUCUAAGAAUGACCCAUAUAAGAUCAAUGAUGAAUUUUUUAAUCUUGAAGAGUUCAAUAAGCAAACUUUAGCCCAAGAAGACGGUAAUUUAGAUGAUAUAGAUAAUGAAGAUGAUGAAGAGAUUGAUUAUUUUGCAGACUUACCCUCUGAUGAAGAUGAAGAAGCCGACUAUUAUGAAGAUUUUUUUGAUAAACCACGAUCCCAGAAACCUGCCAAGAAGCCUGUGGAAGAUGAUGACGACGAAGUAGAAGAAGAGGAAGAGAAUGGCGAUGAAGAUUUUGGUUCUGCUAUGAGCUCGUUGAAAUUAGAUUUAUUUGACGAGAAUGAUGAAGAAGAUGCAGAAGAGGCAGAUGGAGACAAAUUGUCCACAUUUGAAAAGCAACAGUUAGAAAUUCAAAAGCAAAUUGCAGAAUUGGAGAAAGAAGCGAUUGCUGAGAAAAAAUGGGCCUUAAAAGGUGAAGUUAAAGCUAAAGAUCGUCCAGACAAUGCUUUGUUGACAGAAGAUAUAGAAUUUGAUAGAACGUCAAAGCCUGUUCCCGUUAUUACCAAUGAAGUUACCGAAUCCUUGGAAGAUAUGAUCAGAAAGAGAAUUAAAGAAUACACUUUUGAUGAUUUACAAAGAAGAACGAUACAUGAUUUUAACAUGAAGGCACAUAAGCCUAGAUUUGAAUUAAGUGACGUUAAGUCAUCCAAAUCCCUUGCUCAAUUGUAUGAAGAUGAUUAUCAAGGUGUCACUGAAGAAACUGAGAUCAGUGAAGAGUUACAAAAAUCACACGAUGAAGUUUCAAAAUUAUUCAAUGAUAUCUGUUACAAACUAGAUGCACUAUCUUCAGCACAUUUCAUACCAAAACCUGCCGAGAAAUCCCUGGAAGUCAGGGUGGAGACAGCAGCUAUAACCAUGGAAGAUGCCCAACCUCUAAGUAUGUCCACGGCGUCCACUUUGGCACCACAAGAAGUUUACAGAUCUGGAAAGGCAGACAAUGAUAAGGAAAUCAAGUUGAACAACGGUACGGUGAUGUCCAGAGAAGAAUUAACGAGAGAGGAUAAGAAUAGAUUGCGUAGAUCGAUAAAGAGAAAGAGAGCCAAACACAUGAUUAGCCAAGCACAAAGACAACCAAAGAAGAAGAGCAAGAAGGACGAUGUCAUCGACACUCUUUCGCGUGCAAAAAACGUUACUGUCGUUAAUAAGAGUGGUGAAAAGCACGAUACUAGAGGUAAUGUCAGAAAGAACAAUAACGCGGGCAGUAGCGUAGACAAAGUGAGAUUAUGA